CAUAUUGAGCGACGGCAGGAUUCGGCGGCGCCGGCGAUGAGGAGGAAAUCAAUGGCUCCGUCCUUCGCUAGCCUGCGGGCUUACGGCCGCGCGGUGGCGGAAACUCACUGGCGAUUCAGUCGGCGUGCGGGUUCGGUAACGACAACGUACGAAGAGAUGAGCCGAGUUCGGGCUCGUUCGGGGACCGACAUGGCGCGAACUCUUCGCUGGACUGAUCUCGUUGGACUCGGCAUCGGAGGGAUGGUCGGUGCCGGCGUCUUCGUCAGCACUGGCCGCGCCGCCCGUGACCUUUCUGGCCCUGCUAUAAUCGUCUCUUACGCCAUUGCCGGUCUCUGUGCCCUUCUAUCAGCCUUUUGUUAUACCGAGUUUGCCGUCGAAUUGCCCGUCGCCGGCGGCGCUUUCAGCUAUCUUAGGGUCACAUUCGGGGAAUUCGCAGCUUUUUUAACAGGAGCCAAUCUGGUAAUGGAGUAUGUCUUCUCAAACGCAGCGGUGGCGAGAAGCUUCACAGCAUAUUUAGGAACCGCCAUUGGAGUCGAAACAGAGGAAAAAUGGAGGUUUACAAUCUCCGGCCUACCCAAUGGCUUCAACAAGCUCGACCCUCUCGCCGUCUGCGUCAUACUUAUUCUAACCCUCUGCAUCUGCUACAGCACAAAGGACAGUUCGAAGCUUAACUUGGCAUUAACGGCGACACACUUAUCCUUUAUUAUUUUCAUCAUCAUGAUUGGGUUUUGGCGAGGAGAAUGGAAGAACUUAACGCGGCCGGCGUGGCCGGCGAAGCAUCCCGGAGGUUUCUUGCCGUACGGCGUCGGCGGCAUCUUUACAGGCGCCGCGGCCGUUUACAUGAGCUAUAUUGGGUAUGAUGCGGUGUCGACAAUGGCGGAGGAGGUGAAGAGUCCGGUGAAGGAUAUUCCCAUAGGUGUUUCUGGCUCUGUCGCGAUCGUCACGGUUCUGUAUUGUUUAAUGGCGGCUUCCAUGGCCAUGCUCGUGCCCUACGAUGCGAUCGACGGUGAGGCUCCGUUCUCGUCUGCGUUUAAGGGAUCGGACGGCUGGGGAUGGGUCUCGAAUGUGAUCGGCGUGGGGGCCAGCUUCGGCAUAUUAACCUCAAUCCUUGUCUCGAUGUUGGGCCAGGCCCGAUAUCUCUGCGUUAUUGCUCGGGCCCACGUUGUUCCGGCCCGGCUCGCCAAGGUUCACCCCGCCACCUCCACGCCUGUGAACGCCUCUCUCUUCCUCGGCGGCUUGACGGCUGCCAUUGCGCUCUUCACGGACCUCAACGUGCUUCUCAACCUGGUAACGAUCGGCACCCUUUUCGUCUUCUACAUGGUGGCUAACGCCGUCAUUUACCGGCGUUACGUGUCGGUGGGGUCAACCAAUCCCUGGCCCACCGCCAUCUUCCUCAUCUUCUUCUCCCUCUCCGCCAUCGCCUUUACUCUCUGCUGGCGUUUCCUCCCGACCGGCGGCGGCGCCUUCAAGACGUUUAUUCUUUCCGGCAGCGCCGUCGCGGCGGCAGCGUCGCUCAGCGUGUUCGGGUUGUGUGUCCCACAGGCAAGGGAGCCGGAGCUGUGGGGCUUGCCGCUGAUGCCGGUCGUACCGGCGAUCUCCAUUUUUCUCAACGUUUUUCUGCUCGGAUUGCUUGACCGGCCGUCGUACGUUCGAUUUGGUCUGUUCACGGCUUUUUCCGUCGUAUUCUACUUACUUUAUGGCGUUCAUGCGAGCUUCGACGCAGAGGAAUGCGGCGAGCUGUCAGCAGAGGCCCAGAUUUGUAUCUCUUUGGCUCGACCGGUGGUGGCCGGCGAUGGCUGGACAUACAAGGUGUAAAUUAUUGAAAAUAGUGCUU